GAGGUUGUUUCUCCAAAUCAAGCAUUAACAAACUUAACACCGCCACUGUCAAAGCAUGUGACUGAUGCUUUAAUAUGUAUUUAUCCAAUCUUUAUCAUAAGGACAGGUCUCAGGACACCAUAACUGCAGAGUUGUUAAUGGCCGCUUGGGGCAAACAUUGAUUUCAAUGAAGGUACCAAACACAAGACGGUUUUAACAAAGUGAAAAUCCUUUCUUCUGAGACGGAGUCCAGGAUGACACGGAGGAAUUUCACUCUAAUCUAAGGUCCUCUCCACAUGUAGACAGUCUUCUUCCUGAUCUGUGCUUCUCAUGUUAAAGCCUACAUUCUACCUCCUGGACCCUGUCUGUCUUUUUUUUUUUUUUUUUCUUCAGUCAUAACCUAAUUUUACUUUUUACAUUUAACAUUUGAAGAUGUUGAUAUCGUGCCAAAUUUGAGCCAAUAGUCUACUUGAUGAAAAUAUGCUAAAUAAGUGUCUAACUGGCUUCAGGCUUAAGUACCUGCACCCCCAAUAAUGUAAUUAUGUGUAUAAUAACAACAUUGUGAGAUGUUUGUGUGCUCCUUCCACAGGGUGUCACUGUAGCUCAGGGCGAUUUACUCUCCUGUGGGGGACUUCUCAUAACUGUGUAGAAGUUAAAGUACUUAAAGUUAAAGUACUACACAAUUGCAAAACUACUACAAAAUGGCUGUUGUAAAUCAACUCAUAUUUUUAUACUUAACUAUUUGCAUUGUAAUAGACAGUUCAGUGGGCAUAAUGAAAAACUCUAGUAGUUAAUUUGCAUCUAUAAUGAGUCAUAGAAGUUAUUUCAGCCCCCACUAUCCAGCUAAAAAUGUAUCCUCCAAAUUACUGUUAUUGAAAAAUAGGUCAAUAUGGUAAUUACGAUGACAGGCCUAUGGUUUCCACUCUCUGAACAGUUUGACUCGUAUCAACCCAACCACUGUUUUUAUUUUCUCUUAUCUGCAGCAGACACGCUCUUUUAAGAGUGGAGGCUCCUCCACCCCUGAAGCCCCCGCCCUGCACUGCUCGGAGCCUGACCAGAGCCUCUGACCUGCUAACACAUACACACACACACACACACACACACACACACACACACAGAGGGCCAUAUGGUGCAACCGGGUCAUACCUCAUCCAGUCAUUACUGGGGGUGGAGGACAGUGACUGCUGCUGCUGAGGUCAAAAUACCAAAAGUCUGUAUCUUGGACACCAUGAUGCUCACAGUGAUGUCGCUUCGCCUAGCUGCUGUCCAUCGCUGCUUCUCUGACAAGGAAAUGAGGAGGGGUUUGUGUGACAGAAAGAGAGAGAGAGAGAGAGAAAGAGGAGGAGGAGAGAGAGGGGGGCCGGCCUUGGUGUGAUGUGAAUGGAAUCGAAUCAGCGCAAAAGGGGAGGAAGCCCAGCACAAAUCAACCUGCCUCUUGACUUAACAACAGACUGACACAGAGAGGCACCGGCUUGGAUCUGCAAAAGUGCGUGCCCCGACUUCCUUUUUCGUCACUAUUGUUAUUAUUUUAGGAGGAACCAAAGCCUAGAGGAACUGAAGAAAAACUCACCGUGGAAAUAGAAUAGCAGAAAAAUGCUGUCAUGGGGAGAGCAGGGGAGGGAGCUGACAAUGAGGAACAGGAUGGAUCGUGGCAGGGUCGACCGGAGCUAAAAUGUGGAGGUGGCCAGAAGACAAAAGGAGAGCUGCAGUGCACACGAAUGGACCCUACAUUAGAUUUGAUACAGACAGACCCUCUCCUGCUCAGAGGAUAGAGAAGACACAUGCUCUAUGAUGAGAAGCUCCUGGAAAAGUACAUCACACCUGCACAUAUGCACGCCUGUGGGGCCCGUGCUAUGAGUAACACCUCCAAACUUUUUCAUUCUCACUUUCAGACUCAAUAGUUUCACGUCAGAAUUCAAGUCAAAGAGGCAUUUGUGUUUUAAGUGGUGUGAAAAGGCUCUAUAUUCGUCUCACGCUGGGAUUGUUGCACUGUUCCCAUUUUACAGUCACACCUUAGAGACAGUGAAAGCAUCAGGAAUUAUUUAAGUCUGGAGUCAGAUCUACAGGCACAAUGCAGUCAGAUGACCUCUUCAUUCGCAAGUUCCGCCGUCAAAAUGUGCGUCCCCCCAUUGCGACUGUGAACUUUGACCCCAAGAGGGAUGCAGGUGUGGUGGAGUGGCCUCCAAGAAGGGAAGGCAAUGGGACAGAGGCAGACAGUCUUACCCCAAGUCGAGUGGGGUUAAACCUGAGAGCUGUGGGCAGAGGACACAUCAUGCAGAGGAGUAACAGUGAUGUGACGUUAGGGGACUUGGACUCAUCUGGGAAGGCGGGGGGCAAAGCGGUGCGAGUGGAGAAGGUGGGAACAGGGGCACAGGGAGAUUCGGGUUUGUUGCACAGAGAGUAUGGUAGUCUGUCCUCUCUGGAGCGACAGACACAGACCCCUGAGCCCAGCACAGAGGAGCAGGGCCCACUCAGUCCCAAUGAGCUGCGCUUUAAGGACCCUUUCCUGCUUUUAGGUCUCAAGGGCAACCCCCCAGAGCCUGACGGUUUCUUCAAAGGCAUCACUGCUUUAGCAGGAGAGUCCCCUAAACCAGUCAAGCCUCCGAAACCAGAGGGACUCACAAAGAAAACCAAGCCCACACCUGUCCCACAGCUUGCAUCAUGUGACAUCGGCGGGGGGGCCUGGGUGAGAAACUUUGCCCAUUACGACGUUCAGAGCAUCCUGUUUGACCUCACAGAAGCAGCAACAAACAGAGACAGCAUCGGCCGCAAAAAGAACAUUACAUCUGGAGCUUCAGCCGCCUCUCAGCUCCGACCACUGUCCCAGGGCAAUGCAUCCUCUCCUGCACAGGGAGGGAGCACUAACGGGGCUAAUGUGGACGAUUCCGAGCAGUCCAUGCUGUUGGAUGAAGGUGACGGUAAUGACAAUGAGCUGCUGUUAAGCUGUCCACAUUUCCGUAAUGAGACCGGGGGAGAGGAGCAGGUGGGGCUGGGCCAGUCCCACGGCAGACAAAGGCCAUGGUCCAGUCUAAGGACCCCCAAUGAUGCUGUGUCCGUGCUGGAGGAACCCCGAGAGAGCAAUGUCCAGCAGCAGGGCAAGAGUAACUACUUCAUAGAGCAUGCAGACCUGGGAGCCCACUACUAUCGCAAAUACUUCUACAUGAAAGAACAUCAAAAUUUCUUUGGGAUGGAUGACCGUCUGGGCCCUGUGGCAAUUAGUUUCCGGCGAGAGGAAAAGGAAGGGUCCAGUGGAUCUCAGUACAAUUACAGAAUCAUCUUUCGCACCACAGAGAUGAAGACAUUGCGAGGCUCUAUCCUAGAGGAGUCAGUGCCCUCUGCUGCGCGGCACACCACCCCCAGAGGCUUAUCUCCUAAAAGGCUGCUGGAGUUCAUCAUGCCUGAACUGAACCUGCACUGUCUGCGCCUCGCCUCCAACUCUCCCAAAGUCAGGGACACGCUGCUCAAACUCGACGAACAAGGGCUGAAUUUCCAGCGUAAAGUGGGCAUCAUGUACUGCAGAUCUGGGCAGAGCUCAGAAGAAGACAUGUACAACAACGAGAGUUCAGGACCAGCAUUUGAGGAGUUCCUGGACCUGCUGGGGGAGCGAGUUCGGCUCAAAGGCUGGGAGAAAUACCGUGCUCAGCUGGACAACAAGACGGAUUCAACUGGAACGCACUCACUCUACACACGGUACCAGGACUACGAGAUUAUGUUCCAUGUGUCCACCAUGCUGCCCUACACAUCCAAUAACACACAACAGCUGCUGAGGAAGAGGCACAUUGGGAAUGACAUUGUGACAAUCGUAUUCCAAGAGCCCGGCGCUUUGCCCUUCACCCCCAAAUCCAUCCGCUCCCAUUUUCAGCAUGUCUUCAUCAUUGUCCAGGUCCACGAGCCCUGCACAGAAAACACCUACUACAGGGUGGCUGUGACACGCUCUAAAGACAUGCCAUUAUUCGGCCCACUGUUUCCCAAGGGGGCACGCUUCCCCCGAUCUUCUGCCUUCCGCGAUUUCCUCCUGGCAAAGGCAGUGAAUGCCGAAAACGCUGCUGAGAAGUCUGAGAAAUUUAGAUCCAUGGCCACCAGGACACGACAAGAAUACCUCAAAGAUCUAGCAGAGAAUUAUGUCACCACCACACCUAUUGAUUCAUCCACCAAGUUCCCUCUGCUUUCUCUUGGGGGCAAACGAAAAGACAAGCAAAAAGGGGCCAAAGGAGCAGAGUUACACAGCGCUGGGGCUCUGGUUUGGGCAGUGUUGGUCAGUAGUGGGGACGAAGUGGAGGCAGGGGAACAUAGACUGUCCUGUUUGCUGGGGGUGUCUGCAGAAUCAGUAGUUCUUAUAGAAAGAUGCACAAGAAGAGUAGUGUUUAACUGCUCUUGUCGGGACGUGAUUGGCUGGAAGGCAGUGACUGAGGUGAAAGACGGGGGUCCAAGUUUGGAUAUCUUCUACGAGCGAGGGGAGUCGGUGUCCAUGAGUGUCCCGGAGGCGCAGGUGGAGGACAUAAAGGAGGUGGUUCAGAGGUUGGAGCUGGUGACCCGUGGCUGUGAGGCUCUUGAAGUCACUCCCCUACGUGAUGGCGUGGGUCAACCCGGUUUCUUGAUGAACGAGGAGGGCUUUGUCACGGAGCUGCAGCGCUUCUGUUACGCGGAGAGCGGGGGUCUGCAGCUAUGGGCUCGAGUAGUCCGUCUGUGUGGUCACUCUUUGGUUUAUCUGACUCCUGAGGAGAGGACCAGGCUGCUCCGGACUGCACACAAAAUCCACAUCACCGUUAUCCCACCAGACGAGAACGGAAAGCCUCGUAGAAGUUUCUCAGAGCUCUAUCAGAAGGCCAUCAUGGAUGCCGAGUGCAAAACUGAAGAGAACCAGUCUGGAGAGGCCUGGGUGCUGGAUGAGAGGGAGGAGGCAGAGGACGAGGACAGGGUCAUCCAAAUGGACAUCAAUGAGGCAGAUGUAGGAAAUACAAACGAGCCCAGCACCAAAAAGCAGAGUGAAAAAAGUGAAGAAUCACUCCUCAUGCCUCCCAGUUUACCUCUGUUACGAGCAACAUCACUGCAGGACCAACCAGCCAAUCAGAGCCAAGACGAGUCCUCCACACAGCUCACACGCAGCUUCUCAUUGGAGAGACAGCCCUCCUUCAAAGACACAUUUGAUGGUGAUGUAUAUGAUAAUGACCCUCUGAAGAUUGACCACCACAUCUAUGAGAAUGUGGGAGAGCUGAGAGACGCCACCCCUGAUCUGAUUCUGGCCGUCAAACCUAAAGUCCCACUGGAGGAGGAGCAGUUUCUGGGGACUGACUUUGGAGAUGACAAAGCCUCUGCCAGUGACGGUUCUCUCACUCGGAUGUCAUGUAUUGACCGAGCUGAAAGGAAUUCACGAGCCCUGAGUCUUCACAACUCCAUCACAAAAAUCCUCUCAGAGACGACAGACUCGACUGAAGAGGAGUGGCAGUCCAUUGCAGACCUGGCCACAGCCUGCCGCAGUAUCCUGGAGGCCCUUUCACGAGAGGAUCGUAAAGGCAGUGAUUCAUCACAAUCAGGAGAUCAAGCAGAUGGGAAACAAAGGGACUCAAAGGAUAGUGACUCUCCGGGCCACCUGGAGGAGAAGGUGUCACAGCUUGAGUCCAUGUUGAAGAAGCUGCAGGACGACCUGCAAAAGGAGAAGGAGGACAAGGCCGUGCUGCAGGCUGAGGUGCAGAGCCUCAGACAGAACAACCAGAGGCUGCAGGAGGAGUCUCAGAGCACAGUGGCCCGCCUCAUCAAAGUCACCGAGCUCCUGUGCAACGUCAACAAGCCCUGUUAGCCGCUGUUAGCCACAUGCACCAAUCAGAAACAUGCAAAACAACAGCAGUCUCCACAGUGACACUGUGUGUAAUGGUUGGACACAUACAAACCCUGUGUUCUUUUAAUACCCUGAACCCGGACCUGCCUGUCGGCAGGAAGUAUGCAAAUCUGUUAUAAAGACAAUGAGACAUUGUGACCUUCAUGGACUGACCACUGUGCAGCUGUGCGCUGCAGUAUGCUCUGUCCGAGUGCUUCUCUUAGUAAGUGUGUGUAAGAGUGAAUGUGCAUCUCAUACUGUAACUGCUUCAAAUACUUGAUCAAGUUGGGCUCAUUAGCACUUGCAGAAAAUGUGGUAAUUAAGACACUUUACAGCAUGUGUGGUGGUGUCUUUUGAAUUGACCAAAAGUGUAUAUAGACAGUAUAUACAGUAUAUCUAAAUAUAUGUGAAGAGUGCAUAGUGUUGGUAUGUUCUGCGGUGGGCUUGAAUAUAAAAUAUUGGGGAUCAGUGUGUGAGGAUGUAGUGACGCUACUGACUGGGCUCAGAGUGAGCUCUGAUCUCCGCCCUGUGUCAAAGAGUACUGUAUUUAACUGGACUUUUAGGGAGAAAUGUACAAAUCCAGAAAAUAAGGGAUGUAACUGGAUGCAUGCUUUUAUCCAGCAAUUUGUUAAAUAGACACAGAUGAUAAUAGCAGUAUCGCCUGUAGCUGUUUAAACCUCACUAUUGUAGCAGCCAUACUGUAGAGAUCUGCUGGCCUGAACCACAGACAUGCCACUAGGCAGCUUUUCCCUCAGCUGGCACAUAGCUUUAGGUGUCUAAAUGCAACACAUGGGACUGAUAGUGAAAUUCAGAUUAUUUAUUUAACUCAAUGUUUGGCGAGUGUCUCUAGUGAUGUGUGGUAGCACUGAGGGCAAAUCUCUUACCACCCCAAAAUGUGUGUUGUUGUGUGUGUUUAAUGUCAUUUCUGCACUUUUUGUAAAUGCUGGACUGGCCACUUUUUGUUGAACUUAUAUUUAGGAUUGUCCAGGUAACUGCUUAAUACAGCGAGGUGGCCUGUCUUACCUUUACACCACCUUACCUCACCUUUUCUGUGUCCAACUUAGAGGUGUUUUAUUCUCAGUGCCAACAAAAACAAAAAGAGACUCAAAAGUCCUGGCAGCUUUUUGUGAAUCCAACUGACUUCAACAAAGAGAUGCCAAAAUUGUGUACAAAAUCAUUCAAGGGUCACUGUGAAUACUUGGUACCAGCAUAAUAAGAUAUAUCAGAUCUAUCAACUUAUUGAUCUAUUUGUGUGUUGAAGUAUGUAUAGCUGGACUGACAGGAUACAUAUGCAGACCAAGAAGUUCUGGCUCCUGAAUUUAAAAUGGUGCGCAAUACAAGCCGUUUAACUUUGUCUCCUGUAUAGUAAAUUCGAUUGUAUUAGGCUGGUCAAAGCAUGAGAAUGUGCCAACCAACUUCCAAGCUCUCUUUGUAUGUGUGUGCGUGUAUGUAAAAAAGUAACUUAUUUAUGAUGCAAAUAUGGAUUCUCUAGUGAGGGGAAGAAAUGUGAACCAGGAGCAACAACUUUUUAUUUAGUUCAUUUUUUUCCAUGAUCCAAAUUGCAAAAUAUAUCCUAUGUAAAAUCAGUCUUAACACCAUUAGGUACGCCUUAAAAAGUGCAUCUGAUCAGCAUUGACUGAAGUGUUAUUAUGGUUAUACAUUUCUGUGCCUACCUGAAAAUGUAAUGUACGUUACUCUGCUUAGUGAGUGCAUUUUUUGUCUUUGUUUGCACAUAACUUGGUUUUGUGGCACAUGAAGUAUUCCUUGGUCUCCCAACUUCCACAAUGUGAGGGAAAGUGAUCAGAUGAAGAAAUAUGAAUAAUAAUAAUAUUGAUGAUAAAAAUAGAUGAGUGGUGUCAGUCUGUAUGGUUUGAGUUUGUCGAAAAUGAGAACAAUAUUGGGUUGUUUAUUCACUUUUAAAGGUGCACUGUGUAACUUUUGAGAUGGCGGAUCCGUCACCUGCCUGUCUACAAGGAGAGGCUAUUGCUUUGCUUGGAAUCUUCACAAUAUGACAUUUAACUUAUCUGUCUUGCAUUUUCUUUCAGUUAAAUGUUUGUUGCACACUAGUUUGUGAGCGAUCUCACUUCUCCACAGACCUGAUCUGAAACUUGGCCUGGUGGUUUCACUUGCUCAGUCCCACGGGAAUAGAUAAGCUAAAUGCCAUAUUGUGGAACAUUCCAACAUUCCAAGCAAUAUUAUCUCCAAAGAGACAAGCAAGUGGUGGACCCUCAUUUGAAAAAUCACCUAGACCUCCGUUUUGUGUUUUGUGACCUGAAUGAAAUUAUUGUUUUAGUUUUAAUAUUUUAAGAUUACAAGAACAGUCCAUCUUAGUGCUUCUUUCACAUGGUUAAACUGAGGUAGACCACAGCUCCUCUUGAUAAAACACAAAGAUAUUUUCCAAAGACAACAUCAUACUAACACUUCCCAGGACUGUGUAUCUGGAAGCUCUUCGUAAACACUGCACACAGAAUUCAUCUCCAGGGCUCUGACAAUGGGAGGAGAGCUGGAGGAACAGUGCCCUGCUCCAUGGCUUUAUUUGGGACUGGAGUCUUCAGGGGAGCUCUCUGUUACAAACACAGGGCCCGUAGUGUAAAUACAGACACAGUUUGUCCAUGUGUCAUUAUGUGAGGCGCGAGUUUACCAGAAGAAUUACAUGUGUUUUCAAUGGACAUGGGCACUUCAUGACACCAGCACAGCCUGAACCGAAGAGUGUCUGCUGUUUUACACUCCACUGAUGUACUGCAUAUGCUAAAAGAAACCAAAUGCUGCUCUCAAAAUUACCCACAAUAUAGGCUGAUGUGGUAUGAAUGGUUCUGACACGUUUUGACCUGGGUGAAUUUACUUUUGAUACACACAUACGCCAAAUCACCAAGAAACCUGAUGGCCAUAGAUAAUUGACUUUUAUUAUUCUUUCUAAUGGUUAUCCAAGCAUUCAAUUGAUUUUGGUGUAAAGUAAAGAAAGAAAAAUAAAAUAUCGGUGACAUUUGA